AUGGCAGGAACAAUCUUAGGAAAGCGCACUCAUGGUGCUGUGGACUCAGGAUUGCCGGUACGAACCGCGAGCAAGCGCCGAACAGUUGCUCCCCGAGCUCACCAACGAGAUACCGUUCCAACCUCAUUACGACGAACUAGGUCAGCAGUAAAGAAAGCAGAACAACCUGACCAAGAAAAUGGCGAGAGCAAGACAGUGUCGGAGAAUAUUUCUUCGAAACAUACCUUGCGUGAUGACCAAUUCAAAUCUCCGGUCAAGAUCAAUUCACAUUUCACCGUCUCGAAACCGGUGGAAGAAGAAAUCGCGAAACCCAUUGAGUUCGAAUUCAAGACACCUUCCAAAUCGCGAUUCCGAGACGAUCUACCACAAUCCCCCGUCACCCCUAGACAUCGAGUGCAGAGUGCCACUCCGAAAAUUGUGAACUCGGUGUAUUCGCAAGCUAGGCAACUGUUCGCCCGAGGCUCCAAUUCGGGCCGCUUAGUGGGACGUGAUGCGGAGCGGGAAAAAUUGGUAUCUUUUAUCACAGAUGGGGUGGAGUCUCGGAAAGGAGGGUGCCUCUAUAUCAGCGGUCCCCCUGGAACCGGAAAGAGCGCCAUGGUCCAGGAAGUGUGUGGAGAUCUCGACCUUUCUAAAAUCAAGGUCUCGCAUGUGAACUGUGCAAGCAUGCGAAUCUCUCGCGAUGUCUACAGCAGGCUCAUCCAAGAUUUCUGCGAGGACUCGGAUAUGUUCAAGAAAAGCGAGGGGGAUCGCCUCAAAUCUAUAUUCGUUCCAUCCAAGAAAGGGCAGGAUAUGUUCCUGGUCACUUUGGACGAGAUUGACCAUCUUCUCAACGGUGAUUCAGGGGUUUUGCAGUCACUUUUCGAGUGGUCAUUGCAAAGCAAGUCCAAGCUGAUGCUAAUUGGCAUCGCUAACGCCCUUGAUUUGACCGACCGCUCGCUCCCCCAGCUAAAGGCGAAGAACCUGAAGCCCCUCUUGUUGCCGUUCUUGCCGUACAGCGCUGCGUCUAUCGCAGACGUCAUGACCAAUCGUCUUCGCUCAUUGCUCCCUGCUGGGGCAGAAUCCGACCCAAAGCUUGUCCCCUUUGUUCAACCGGCCGCCAUCCAACUUUGCUCCAAGAAAGUAGCCUCACAGACAGGCGAUCUCCGCAAGGCCUUUGAGUUGAUUAAGCGGGCAAUCGAUGUCAUUGAACAGGAAACAUUCCAGAAAUUGGAUACGCAAGCCAAGGAGUCUGAGAGUGUUUCGAUAUUAGGGGAGAACACCAAUUUGUCUUCGCCUGCCAAAGUCGGCAGCGCUCCGAAGCCAACUUCCAUGUCAAGCUACACAGUCAUCACGGCACCUCGAGCCAGCAUCGCCCACAUUGCCCGCAUCACAUCUGCAGCUUUCGGUCAAGGCACUGUUCAAAGACUGCAAAGUCUGAACCUGCAGCAAAAGGCUGCUAUCUGCUCCCUGAUUGCGCUUGAACGCAAACGCCGCCAAUUCGAGAUCCCAAGCACGCCCUCCAAGUCGCGUACAUCGGCACCCACUAUCAAGCAAGCAUUUGAUACAUAUUGUGCUCUGUGUCGCAAUGACAACAUUCUGCAUCCCUUAACUGCCACCGAGUUCAAAGACGUUCUCAGCAAUUUGGAAACAAUGGGCUUGGUUGGAGAAUAUCAGGGCCGUGGCCGAGGUGGGACUGUUGCAGGAGGCACAGAUCUGCGCCGUACACCCUCAAAAUCCGGCCAUGCUCCGUCGACUCCGCAUAAGGCCCUUGACGAGCAGGCUCUUGUCUGCUUUGUUUCCCAGCAGGAAAUUGAGAGCCAGAUUGCUGGUCCCGGUGAAGGAAUUCUUCGGCGCCUUCUCCGCGGCGAGGGAAUAUGA